AUGGCAAUGAGGAGGGCGAAGGAGGUCUUUGGGGCACGAGCCCUGAGACACGCGGUGGUCCCCUUCACCCACAAGGAGGACUCGGGGGGCGAGUCCUUGGGUGGGUCCAUAGCCCAUGUGGACAACCUCAGCCUGCGGGGCCUGGUCCAGGGGUGCGGGGGCCGGUACUGUGGCUUCAACAACCGGGCCACCGGGGAGGAGCAGAGGGCGCAGCUGGCAGAGCUGAUGGCUGUGGUCGAGAGCCUGGAGUGGGAGCCCCAGGGUGGCGCCUUCUACAGCCGCAGCCUCUUCUCCCUGCCCUGGGGCUCCGCGAGGGCGGAGGAAGGGGAACAGGAGCUGAUUGUCUGGGACAGUCCUCCAGGAGCGUCAUCCCAGCAUCCGACCCAAGACGUGGCAGCAGGUCCGCCGGGGGAGGGCCAGCUCCCGAGGAGGCUGAGGCUCCUGCUGGUGGGGAAAAGCGGAAGCGGGAAGAGCGCCACUGGAAACAGCAUCCUGGGCUGGAACGCGUUCGAGUCCAGGCUCAGCGCCAGGCCCGUGACCAUGACCAUCCAGCAGGGCAUCCGAGACUGGAACGGGAUGGAGCUGGAGGUGACCGACACCCCUGAUAUUCUGUCCCCUCGGGCUCCAGGGGAGGGGACAGCUCCGGACCCCUGGGCAGCCAUCGCAUGCUGCGCCCCAGGGCUACACGCGGUGCUGCUGGUGACGCAGCUGGGCCGCUUCACGGAGGAGGACCUGGUGGUGGUCCAGCGCCUCCAGGAGGUCUUCGGGCAGGGCGUCCUGGCCCGCACCAUCCUCGUGUUCACCCGGAAAGAGGAACUGGACGGCAUCUCCCUGGACGAGUAUCUGCGCAACAUGGACAACCCGAAGCUCGCUUGGCUGGACACGGUCUGCGCGAGGCGGCAUUGCGGCUUCAGCAACAGGGCGGUGGGCGCGGGGCAGGAGGCCCCGCUGGAGCAGCUCAUGGACUUCAUCAAAAUGAUCCUGUGGGAACACGAAUACCGUCCUUAGAUCAACAGAGCUUACCCCGGGCCGCCCGCCGCCAAAGGACCUGAGCGCAGCAGGCCGGGGAGGGCGAGGCGUCCAGGGCGAGGCUCCCAGGAAGCGCCAUUGCGGAGUCCUGGUCUCAGAGCCCGUGCCCAAUCAGGGCACCUGAGAAAACCCACAGACAUCUCCCGAAAGGACACCGCCUGAGUGCCUGCCGGACUCCAGCGGGGACAGCUGUGUCCUGGGGGCCUCCCCAGGCCUGGGUCCGCCUUCCAGCCUGUCCCUUCCCUCUGCAUCCCAUGGCUCACGCCAAUGUCCAGGGCGGUGUCUGCUGAGUCAGAGGGUGUGGGUCCCACGGUCGCGGCUCCCAUCCGGGUCCCUCAUCGGGCUUUCCCGGCCGGGGGCGCCCUGCGGACCCCUGCAGCCCGCCGGCCCACACGGACCUCACGUCGCGUUGGCAGCGCAUUUGUUGAAGUCUUGUACCCGAGAGAACCAGAGCCUCCUGAGCACAGGGCCUCCUCACUCUCCGUGUGACCCCACUGCGUCCUGGUCACGGGAGUCACUCCUGAACAGUGACAGCCAGUCAGUGCGGGACAUUGACCAGGGGACUCUCAGCGCUUGGGCUACGUCCUCCCGCACACAGGGGCAGCGCAGUGGUGAGGUGGGUCAGGACAGGGGCGUGGCCCUGCAGCAGGUGGGGAGGGACAGCCGCUGGCUGGGCAGGAGGAAGGGGACAGAGAGGGAGGGGCCCAGGAGUGGCCCUUUCCUCUGCCCCGAAGGUGGCCAUCAGGCCCCAGCAAAUGAGCCUCGUGGGGGCCGCCUGGUGGGAAUGAUGAGCCACGUGGGGUCUACGAGGAGCCGGGCCUGGUCAGGACAGCGGCCUGGGACCUGCUAUAGGACAUGGAGGCCCCGGAGGUGCUUGGGGGGCUUGGGCAGAGGAGCUGCCUCCCCUGAAGGGGACUGGGUCAGGGGUGCAACGAUGAGGGCCCCUCUCAUUUCCUCUGCCGCCUCAUGUUAGAAAUCAGAGGGGGCUCUCCCCCUGCCCAGCCUCACCACAGCCAUUCCCUUCUCGCC